AUCUGCUUCUCGUUAGAUUGGAACUUCCUGCACUGUCUUAUCACGCAAGACCAAGAAGACUGAACAAGAACUUAUUUUGUUGCUGUUUUAUUGUUAAAAUUAACCUGUGAGAUUUCUGAAGAUGGAAAAAGGAUUUCACACACAGGAAUCAGCUCCACCAUACCCUGGCCCUCCCAUGGAUUAUGGCCAGCCAGCAAUGUAUGCUCCACCAACCUAUUCCACUCAACCAGGCUUCCCCGCUCAACCAGGUUUCUCCGCUCCACCAGGCUUCCCCGCUCAACCAGGUUUCUCCGCUCCACCAGGUUAUCCCGUUCAACAAGGUGUCUCUGCUCCACAAUGUUUCCCCGCUCAACCAGGUUUCUCUCCUGCUCCUGCUGGUGUUGCUUUUGCUCCUGUACCUAUUCAACCAACAGUAACUCGCGUGGCAAUAUCAACUGCUCUAUAUGACGUUCCUGGACAGACCUUUUGUCCCCACUGCCAGGAAACAGUGAUCACCCGUACGGAGUCAGAGCCAGGAUUAUUGGCCUGGCUUGCUUGCGGAGGAUUGUGCUUUCUGGGGUGCUUCCUUUGCUGCUGUAUCCCAUUCUGCCUUGAUUCCUGUAACGAUGUGAAGCAUCAUUGUCCAAGAUGCCAGCAUGUCCUCUACAUUUACAAACGGAUGUGAAACUAGUCUCAUAAGGAACUGGAAAAAUUAGAGUUAACAUUUAUGUUGUCACAUCUCUUAUGCUGAAAAUUGUGGUUCUUUUUUUAUGUCAAAUUGUAUGAAAUGGUUUUUAUGCUGAAAUUAAAACAAACAAAGAUUUACAUCACAACAAAGAAACACGCAUAUCAAACAACCAGGCAUACACAGAUCCAUGCAUAAGGGCAAUUUAGAGUAUCCAUUUGACCUAACGGUCAUAUGUUUGGACUGUGGGAGGAAGUCGGAGUACCAAGAGGGAACAAAGUUGUGCUUGGAGGUGAACAUGUAAACUCCAUGCAGACAGACCCAUUGCAAGGAUUCAAACUUUGGACCUUCUUGCUGUAAGGCAGUAGUAAUACCAACUGUAUUGUGCAGCCAUUAUCCCAAUAAUGUCUUCAAAUAAUGGUUGUGUACAAACCUAUUGCCAGCAAUGUAAAAAAGAUUUAAAUGUCUGAAUUUUCCCACUCUGGGAUCAUAAGGGCUAAUUCCAUUAUAUUCUAAAUUUAAAAAGACUAUUCUAUUUGUUUCAAUGGAUUGAGAAAACCUUUGCUUUCUCACCCAUCUUUUCUCACUUUCUGUGUAUUUACAAUUAUUAAUAAUCCUGUUCAAGUCAUGACUAAAUAAAGCAUUAAAUGC